UGCCAGUGCACAGGUAGAUCUUCGAAGGAGCUUUCGUACUGGCCAUGGACCAAAAUACGUCUACAUGUCUUUUAGGGGACGGUCAGUGAGUCAGUUGACGACAAACUGUCUGGCAUCUUUGUAUUCGAGUAGAGGAGAAAAUAGAAUCCUUGCUUGGAUCCAAUUUGCUGUAACCUGGCUUUGUUGCAGUUGACUGUGUACAUGGUGUACGUGUAGCAGUAUUGGCAACCUAAAAACCUAUAAAUAUUUUUCAUCCAAUGCGUGAUUGUACCUUUCCGUACUCGUUGGAAAUCUGUAUGCACUUCUUGGCAGCUGUUGAACACUGCGCUGCGUGGACUCGUGUGUAUCCCUGAUGGAUCAGCUGGUAAACUUGUCGGAUCAUACCAUGGUGUAAUAACACAAGCUGCCUCUGUUCCUGGCGAAGCGUUUUGAAACAAUAUUGGCCUAAUUCAAAGUCCUGACUUCCUGACUUCCUGACGUCUUUCAAGACUACCUUCAUCACGUGUAGCUUCUGACCAUCUUGUUGAUGAUGGAUACAUGAUCAAUGGCCGAUGGAAAGCAUGGGGAUGUACCACUCCUUAUAUCAGAUGUGCGCCAGGACCGACCGCAUGAUCUAAGUGAACUAACUAGUGUUCGCCAAGGGUCCUGCUCUGGCUUCGUUAUGGAUGGUCGGAUUGCGGACUCGCCGACAGUGGCAAGCAAAGUCAACGCCACUGUGAACUCACAACGACAUCGCCUGUCUGUCAUUGUGUUUGCCGUAUGUGCCCUUUUGCUGGCCUUUGCAGCCAGUCGCUGGAGUGAACUGCUCAGUGCUGAGUUCCGUAUGCUUCGCGGCUCGUUCAAUGUUGUACUACUUAUUUACCUGUUUCUGCUUAAUAUCCGCGGCUGGCGGGCCGGCAACAUUUCAUACAUCAAGAUGUUUGAGCUGGACAACGAUUGGACAGUGUGGAACUCUGUCUCGGGUGUGUCAAUGCACACCGGCUUCCUGUGGUCUUUCGGCUGCAGUGUGACGUUGCUGCUGUGCGCUCUGAACCGUACCACAGCCGUCAGCUAUGUGCCAGUGAUGCUGUGGGUGGCUUUAUUCACAUACUUUGUGUGGCCUUUCAAAUCCUACUUCUUCGAGUCGCGCAUGUGGAUGAUCAAUGUUCUCUAUCGCAUACUUGUGUCGCCGAUACACGAAGUCAGCUUUGCCGACUUCUGGGUGGCUGAUCAGCUCAACAGUUUGGCGUCCGUGUUUGUCGAUUUUGAGUUCAGUAUGUGUUUCCUGGUCGGCCUUGGUUCAUAUAGUGUAGCUGACUUGAAGGAGAUGCCGGUUUGCAGAAUAGCUACCUGGAAUUCACAAUUGAUCUUGGCUGCACUCCCUGCCUGGUGGCGAUUUGCGCAAUGCUUACGCUGUUACUAUGAUACGAAAGAGAUUCCCCAUCUGCUCAAUGCUGGCAAGUAUUUCUCCACCUUUCCUACGAUCGUUGCUGCGGGCAUGCUGGCCACUGCGCAGCUCAAUCGCCCGCAUGCAUGGCAGACAGGUCCGGAGUUCCACAUUUGGCUUUACACGACGGUGUUCCGUGCUGUCUAUGUCUAUGUGUGGGAUGUGCGCAUGGAUUGGGGCUUCUUCAAGUGCAACUCGUUCCCAUGCAGUCCCGUGCGAAGUAAGCACCCAUUUCUAAGAACUCACUUGCUAUUCUCGCCCCACUGGGUAUACUAUGGCAUGAUCUUGUUAGACUUAGUGCUGCGCUUCAGCUUCCUUGUAAAGCUGUGCCCAGUGAUCUUUGGCAUGGUCCCGGGAGAUGUGUUCUUCUCCAUCCUAUUGACCAUGGAGGUCGUGCGACGCUUCCUCUGGAACUUCUUUCGCCUGGAGUACGAGCAGACAAAGAGUAUGCCAGAAGAUGCGCCGACGAAAUCCAGACAGUUCAGUGCUGGGAACACGCCGACAUUACCACAUGAAAUGUGACAGUGUGGUAACUUAUUAUUUCCUUUUCGUAUUUCAAAGUACUUUCCGAGUUUUACUCCAUGACUGCACCGUUUGGUGUUUCCCUUCUCUCUUUACGUCAUAAAAUAUGUCAACAGAUCGUUCAGUAGUUUUGCCUUAUAAAAAAAAGUCCGAUGCAGCUGCAACUAGAAUAAACACCUCCCAGCUAUUUUAUAUCUGCCGCUAUUUUCUUGUCUUUGUCAUGCUAAAGAAGCUGUACAUGUAAUUUAUUGAACACGUUGAUGGAGACAUGUAGCUCACAUUCAUAAUUUU